AUGAAUUUGAGGGAGCUUCAGGUUGUUGUUGCCUGCGUGGCAUCAAGGUUCGGUACAUCUACCGUGUUCCCGUUCCUGCAGCAACAAUUGGACAAAUCCGUGGAGUUUUCCACACCAGUGACAUCCUAUAGAAGUUUGCAGGAGGGAGUCUUCUUGCUUCGAAACGAGUUCCCACUAUACUCUGGAGGUGUGGUCCAUCACGCACCGCUACUUGUGGCUCUCAUAUCGGUCUUCAAUAGCGAAACUAUGGUGUCGUUGCUGUACGCUUGUGCUGAUGCCCUUGUAGCUUACCAGCUCAUUGCCAUGGCCAAAUAUUUCCGCAGCUCUUCGCUGCCCUCCUGGGUGCCGGGUGCCCUGUACGUCAUCAAUCCUCUAGUGCUGCUUUCGUCGGUGUCCAAAUCCUCCAUCGUUUUCAGCAACCUGGCCAUUUCCACAGCUCUGCUGACGGCUCUUCAGGGCAAUUGGGUCUGUUCGGCCGUUUCAAUCGCAGUAGCUUCAUAUCUCUCGCUGUACCCGCUGACACUGAUUGUGCCACUACUAGCGUUACUGCGAAACCACAAACUGAAAACUCUCUCCACCGCCGCCGUAACAUUAGCUGCGCUUCUUCUCUCCAGUUACAAACAAAAUGAUGAGAGUUGGAACUACCUAUUCUCUACCUACGGUGUUAUUAUGACGUUCAGCAAGAUCAUUCCUAAUCUAGGUCUCUGGUGGUAUUUUUUCGUCGAGCUAUUCGAGAUGUUCAUUCCGUUCUUCAAAGCCGUCUUCAACCUGUUUGCGGUAUCGUGCAUCAUACCGUUUUCGCUGCGAUUCCACAAGCAACCAUUUUAUGCCUUUUUGCUCUGCCUCUUCUGGAUAACCCUUACGAAACCGUACCCGACUCUGGGGGACGGAGGGUUUUUACUGAGCUUCAUACCUUUUUUCAAGCCACUUUAUGGAUACUUCAGAUACUCGGUGAUUUCCACGCUGCUUUUCAUUCACGUCUCCGUCUUGUCGCCUAUUUUUUACCACCUGUGGGUCGACUUGGGCUCAGGCAAUAGUAACUUUUUUUAUGCGAUUUCGCUGGUGUACGCUUUGGGUUUGGCCACUGUGUUGGUAGAUUUGGUUUGGGCAAUGUUGAGGAUAGAGUACGACAAGGGCAAACCAAAUCUUCAUUUGAAACUGACCCCAAUAUAG